AAAUAUCUAAAACAAAAAUAGCUGCUUGUACAGGUUGUACUAUGCGACAGCGUGCACACCGAUUAAUUUCAGUUUGUGCAGAAAUUUGUUUCAAUGAAGCAAUUUGGUUCUGUGUAAAAUUACAGUACUUAUUGUUUUAACACAAAUUAGCAAAAGUCAUAACACCGUAUCCGUUGCAGUGAAGCAGCACUAGCUAAUACGCCUGGCAGUCACGUAACUCGCCCACCUAAACCGUUGAAGGCGUCUGCAGCGCAGAAAUUUUAGCGCUUCAGAAGAAAACCAGUACUGCCAAACGUAACUGCUAUGAAAAAAAGCAUGUUCAGCAAAAUUCUGAUGAUGCUCGUCACUUUUAUCUGUUGCGGACGUUUAGUAAAAAGACUGCUUUACUAAUGAAACUAUUCCUGUUUCGCGCCUCUUACUUUUACUUACUAUUUACUUCUGAAGCCUCGGCUGCUCUUACUUUUACUUUACUUUUACUUUUCCGUUUUGCUGCUUACUUACUUUUUACUUAAUUAGUAAAAGGCAAAACCGGCUUACUAAGUAAGGUUUACUAUUUACUUUUACUAAGUAAAGCAACACUGCAAAAAACCCCUUUCGACAAAUGUCUGUUGCCCAGCUGGAACGAAGAAGCUUGCCGAUCGGUACAGCUGCACUCCUACGGUUUACGAUUUUACCAGAACACCAAUGAUCUGAAUCCUGAUCAUCGUCAGGCUUUUGUCUUUUGCCAGACGCAUUCUUGAAGGUCUAGUGUUGCAGCCAUUGAAUCUCUUCUUAAUAAGCAUCGGAUGGAAAAUUCAUCUGCUAAAUCUUCGAAAUCUCUGCUGGAUUCUUCUCGAAUGGGUGAGAAAUUCUAGUUUACACUCGUGCUGAGAUACUAUUAUGUAGCCCCACCAGCGAGCGGCUACUUGUCUAAUUUUGAUCCAGUCGUCUCGCUACGCCAACAGCCUACUGCCAUCUGCGGCUGCUGGCCUGCUACAACCCCGAAAACAGGCAUCAAAUUUGUUUGGUCGUUUGGACUUUUGAUUGUACGCUGCAGAAUUGAGAAAUCAUGAUAAACGAAAUAUUAAGAAUCCUGUGAUAUCCCGAAUGGCCGUUCCAAGUUAUCUUUAUAAUAACAGCAGGAGCGACAUGUCUGAGUUAGAAGUCUUAAAGAAUAUGCCGUUUAAGUCGCCCUACGACACCGACAUGGAGAGGUUCGGAGCGUCUGCACAGGGCACCCUGCAGGAUCUCGGUCAGCUGGACAAGAGCGCUCUCCAUGUCGCCAAAAUGUCCGCAGCUGAUACGAAUGGUGAAACGUUGCCGGCCAACGGCGAAAACAGCCCCGCAGGAGGUCUUCAAAGUCCCAGCAAGUCCAUGUACAAAGGUCCCAAUGGAUGGAGUAAUGGAUUUCUCAGUGCUGCGGAUUCUUUCUUGCAGAGCGAUACGGCAACUUCCAACCGGAAUACAGUAUCGGAAUGGGGAGCAGGGGGCUCCAGUGUGGAGGGCAGCAGUGGCCUCACAGGUCUGUCCAGUGCCUGGGGCGCCUCACCGCUGGGAACGGCCGGUGGUGGACCGGGUUCCACUACCAUGAGUGAUAUUACCAACAAGCAGCAUCCCCAGCCCAACCAGGCUGUCCCGUCCAAUUCCGUGUCCAGUGGCGUGAAUAGCGUGCCCAAUGGUGCAUCUUCCGUGUGGCAGAAUAAUGAGCCCGGUGAUAAUGGUAAAAAUUCCUGGAAUUCCGCCUCGGGAGCAGUGGUGGGCUCGGGUGCUGCUGCGGGCGCGGUCAACUCCUCCUCUCAGUCAUUAAGUAUCAAAAAUUCGACCUCGGCUGCUGCGUCUGGACCCUUUGGAACACCGGGAAAUCCCAAUGGCCCACAAGGUCAGGACAAAGAAAAUGCUGCUAGUAUUACGUUGCCGCAGACAGCGGAACGGACACCUCUGGAUAAUAUGAUCUACCGGGACGGCUGGGGUCAGGUGGAGAUCAAACAGGAACCUCCCUGGCCGAUUCCAGAGUCGCCUCCCAUUCAGGAUGAUCCCUCGGUGUGGAAGCCAAAAACGAACACCGGCACGGAAGUGUGGGAAAAAAGCACCGGCCACCGUACUCAGCCCUGGCAGAAUCAAGGACCAAAUACGCCUCACUGGAUGAGUGAUGACCGCGAACCCAACUCCGUGUGGUCAGGUGUUCCUCCCAACGCACAAAUGUCUGGUCCGAUGUCAGGUGGUCCGCGCUCAGCGGGUAUGAUGGGUAUGCCUGGUAGUCUGGGUGGUAAUGGGGGCGGUAACGGUGGAGGGGACGGAAUGCUCAAUAACGGUGGAAUGAGCGCACACGAUCGUGGACAAUCCGGUCGACCGUCCUGGAAUAGUCCAGGGGGCACAGGAAGCGGUGGUAGUGGCGCUAGUUCAGGUGGCAACAUCAGCCCGACGAAUCAGUGGUCUGACCAUACUAACUGGUCGGAUUGGCGUGAUCCCAGUUCGCGGAAGUCUGAAGUGGAUGACGGCACGGGUCACUGGAAUCAGCCGAUGGGUCCGCGUUCUUCCAACGGCCCAUACGGUGGUGGUGGGAGCGGAAGCAUGAGUCUCAAUGAUAACCGGAAAAUGCAGCAGUCAGAGGGGGGAUAUCAGCAACAGAAACCGCGGGGUUGGAGUGAUUCGGGCUUUCCCGGUGGCGGCGGCGGUGGAUCGCAGAUGCGCGGUGGUUCUUCCGAGUGGAAUGAAGACAAUGAGUGGCGCGAUCCGGACAACGAAAAAGCGCAAUGGAGUUCGGGUGGUGGUCGUGAACGGCCACAUCAACCACCGUCCUUUUCACCUCCCAACGGGGUAACGAGUUAUCGCAAUCCUCCUAAGUACACACGUGACCAAAUCUAUCAAAGCAAGCAGUAUCAAAACUUGCUUGAGAUGGGCUUCAAGCGAGAAGAAAUCGAUAUAGCCAUGCGCAAUAGCAACAUGAACUACGAGGCAACGGUGACAGAGCUGCAGCAGCAGCGUCGACGUCAGCAAAUGCAGCAGCAACAGCAACUCGCGUCGUCCAAUAGCGCUAACUUCGGAAUGGGCGGCGGUGAUGGCUACGGCAAAACCGGUCUAACUGGCACCGGUUCCGGAGGUCCUGGCGUACCGGGUAGCAUGCAGCCACAUCAUCAGAAUAACACAUUGAUUCAGCCGCCGCAGCCAGGCAAAAUGGGCCAGUCCCGUCCGCAGGCCAACGUUCAGGCUGUAGCGCGCCAGCUCAGUAAUGCCGCUCAACAGGGAAUCAUUAAUCCACGACUCCUGAAUCAACCGCUGUGCCCUCAAACCGUCUACCAUCUCCACAAGCUUAUGCAACUGCACCGUCAAAUGCAGCAGCUUACCGCCCAGAUGGAUGUUGUGGCUAGCCAGAAAGCUAUCAAUCCCGCUCUUCAACAGCAGCAGAUGGCGUACAUUAACCAACAGGGUCAAAUGGUCCGCAAAGAAAUUGUUACCGUCCAAAAGCAGAUUGAUCUUAUCCAAAAUGAAUAUCUGAAAUCUCCGAUGGAUCCCCGCUUCCAAGGAGGUCCAACCAUUGUGGACUUAGCGACAUCCAUGUCGGGUAUGAGUGGCCUGGAUUUCCAUUCCUCGUCCGCAGCCCCCAACUACGGUCAAAGCGGAUGGCGUAUGCCUGAACCGAACAACCCCUACGCCAGUAUGGGCGGUGGCGAUGGUAAUUCGUGGGGCGGCGGUGGCAGCGGUUCAUUUGCCGGUGCAGGAGCCGGAAGUGCCUUCAAUAAUUCCAAUAUGGCGGCGGCGGCGGGUGGAGCGCCCAUGUGGAAUGACCCGCACAAUUGGAAUAAUGCCGGGAUGAAUCAGGGCGGAAUGAACUGGCGACCGACGGUGCCGGGCGGUGGGGCCGGUGGACACAACAUGGAUGACUGGUCUGGUGGUAUGCACGGAGCAGGAAGCAUGAAGAUGUCGUCGUCGGGUGCAGGGAAUACCGGUGGCCAGCAUGCCCAGUCAGCAUCCGGGGAUCGUGGCUCGCUGAGUCCCACGUCGCGCACCGGAGCCACUGGAAACGGAGCCGCUGGAUAUGGUAUGGAUGAGGCUGAUGGCAGCUGGGGCAAUCGCCAGAUUGACUCCAACAGUUUCGCCAACUUUACCUCGCGUAUGACUUGGGAUGCUUUGCCGGAAUUUGAGCCCGGUAAGCCGUGGCGCGGAUCGCAAAUGAUCAGUGCCGAUGAGGAUCCCCAUCUGACACCCGGCAGUGUGGCCAAGAGCCCCCUGAUGAACGCGGUGACGUCCGGUGGUGGUGGCAGCCAUUUCAACAGCAGCGAUUAAUGAAUGGUUCUCAAAUGAGCGAAGCGCUCUCUUCUCGGAUCAUUGGAUACAGUGAUCCUCUACAUCUGUGGUCUUAUUAUUAUUCUGAAACAAGAAACGCAAGCAAGCAUCUCACUUCCGAACGCCCAUUUGCCCUAAUUACUGACUGUGACUCUUCAUUCGGUCUCGUUUGCAUUUUGCCUGCGCGUGCUGUGGAUCAUCGGAGAACCAAAAAAAAGUUUUGAAUUUAUGAAAAAAGUCGUUCUAACGAUCUAUCCCUGACCGCAGGCGGACUGCAACCGUCAUAACCAAACGUUUUGACUCUUACCAAAUCUUACACUUUUACACAGUGAAAUCCGGAUGAAAGUUUUUAGAUUUUAGUUUUUGCUCCAUUAUAUUUUAUUCCGAGCUGUCGUUAUAUUGCCUUGUAAAAAAUCCCAGAGAAAAUUCCCCAUUGGACGAAAAGACUUAUUGGCUUUUCCUCCAUGGACAAAAACAAGAUUGACGGUGAUUUUUUGGUGGUUUGAUAUUACGAUGAUUUUGAAUUCCGAUGAACUGGAUAAUGCAUUGUCAUUGUGGAUUAAAUUCGUCCAUUUUUGGAACUCAGUCCUGCAAAGAAGAAUUGUUCCUGAAUUUUAUUUGUGGGAUGUAUUAUAAUUAAUCAUUUAAUUUUGUCUCGCUUCGCGUGUAAUCAUUUAAUCUGGAGGAGCGCCUCAGGGAAACUCAGUUAAUUCCUGAACCAAGAAAAUGAAAUGCUUAAUUUUUGCAUUAAAAAUCAUCCUUUCUGAUCAAUCUGCUGCCUGCCUAAUUGAUUGCACAUGUUCAACGUCUCAUGCUGCGGCGCAGAAACGCCUGGCCGGUUGUCGUCGGUGGAUGCAUUUGUACAUAAGAGGAAAGCGCCCGUUCAAGGACCGGACCCCCGUUAACCAGUGCGUUUUUGUUGUGGGCGACAUGGAUUACCUUCUCCUCCUGUGAAACACUUCCUACCUGUCUCGCCUGAUAUGCUCAUUUGAAGGUUUUAUGGUCUCGAGUUGUUUUUUGUCCAGUGUAAGUAUAUUAUAUUUGGUUUUUGCUCUUACACUUUUUUGUCCAGUGAUCAGUUACAGUGAGUGGUGCGUGCUUUAGUUAUUUUUGGCUAUGCAUUUUGAUUCUAUUAUCCGAUGAUCAAGUUAUCAGUAUAUCCUUGUGUCUGGUUUUUGUGUCAGUCUUUCUCCUGCCACAACUGUUUUUGAAUUUGCCCUUCUCUCUGGUGUAGCUCUCGAGUUGUUGAUUAGUUUGUGGUCCACAAAUCCCAAUGCUUGUCAGCCAAAAGAAGUGGUUUUUAGCUAUUGUAAUUAUUUCAUUUUAUAUUUUUAUAUAAAUUAAUUUGAUGCAAACUUCAGCUUCUGUCCGUAACGACGAAUUUGAAAAGCCUUAGUUUU